AUGGUUUUAAAUGUUGAGCAAAUUGUUGGCUAUUUUGCUCUCCCAAAUAAAUUUGAUGUGAGUUUAACAACUAAUGAAAGAAAAAAAGUUACAAGUAUUUAUUCUGAUUUUGGCAAAUUUUAUGGUAAUGAAUUAAAAUUAUUCGAUGAUUUGCAUAUUGCCUCAAUAAUCAGUAACGAUCAACUUCAAGUUUAUAAUAUAUCUACUAUAUUGUUUUCUGGGAACAAAGUUCAGGGUAAAUAUAGGAUCCCAAACAUUUCACCCCUAAUUAAAAUAAGCUUACCAUUCACUCCAAAUUGUAAUUGUAGCUUGUUUUUCGACAAAUGUACAUCAAAUCUCACAAUUUCAGUUUCUUCUAGUGACGGGCAAUUAUAUAUUGUUGAAAUAUCUGUAUUUGGCAAAUUUGAUUAUAAUUUUACUAUAUUAACAACUAGAAGUUUAAAAACAUAUCUUUCGGAUUUGACAUCGCUUACUCAAGUAAAUAAAUCUCUAUUUUUGAUAAGUACUGGGUCUGGAAUUUUUACGAUAAUUUCUAGUUCGAAAAUACUGAAGAAUGAAUCUUCACCAUUAUUUACUGCAGAAAAUUUGUGUAAAGAAUCCAUCAACGUUUCAACAUUUCAGCUAAUAAAAAGAAUGGUAAUCGGUAAAAAUACCGAAAAUAUUUAUUUAGUUACAUUUUCUGAAAAAAGUAAAGAAUUAUGUCUUUUAUUAAUAAAAUUUAAUUUUACGGAAAAUAAUGUUUGCACUAGCAUUAUUGAUCGAAGAUCAGAUAUUCAGAUUGAAAUGAACAUAAAGACUACCCCUAUACUUUCUUUUGUUGAAGGCACAGAUUUCUUUGUGUUAUUAAUUAAUAGUACAGUCUACUUUUAUAGAGUACUGAACUUUGAUGAUUGCAAUUUAAAUAACAUUAAGCUACAGUUUUUGAGUUAUCUUGAUUUAGAUUUUGAACAUGGUAGAGAUAAGAAAAAAGAAUUGAUAUUCUCUCCUCAAGUUUAUUGUAACAAGUCAGAAAUUUAUGUUGCGAGGGCUACAUUUUCUGAAAAUAUAAUAUAUUCUUAUGAUCCAUACUUUCCAAUUUAUGAGAUUCACAAAAUCUGUUUGAGUAAACAUGCCUCAAACACUGUUAAAGCAAAUGAUAUUGAUUUUAACAAUUCUACAUUAAUUUGGAGCCAAGGAAUUCAAAAUUUUUGUUAUGAGUUUAAUUAUGAUGAUUUAAAAUACCAGUUAAUUUUUGAUAAAGAAAAACUAUCAGACUUAGAAAUUAUUACGAAUUUACUUAAAAAAUUAUUUGAUGAAUGUAACUCAAAUAUUAUAUUCGAGAUGGCUUUUAUUAGAUACUUAAGAUUCCUUAAAAACGUUAUUUUAAUCAUGGUUCGUAAGGAGAAAAAAUACGAAAUAUUAAAUAUCUUGAACUCAACUACUAAAUUUGAGGACUUAUUACACUUAAUUAAGAAUAUUUACCUACAUCUUGAAGAAAAUAGAUUGCUAAACACUGAAUUUGGCACUUACGAAAAAUGUAAAUUCGAUGAAGAAAAAAUAUUAUUCUUGAUCGAACCAUUUCUUAUCUUAAUUAAUUACUUCAAACACAUGGGAAACUAUUGUAUUCGAAUUUUUUCAGACAAAAAUAAUACUUUUGUAUUAUCUCCUAUAUCGGUUUCUACUAUAAGCUGUUUACCAAAAGAAAAACUGGAUAAAUUAUCAUCAAUCAGCUUUUAUAAAUGUAAGAAAUGUUUGUACAUGCCUCUAGAACUAAUAACAAAUUAUUUGAAAUUAAGGUACUUGAUAUUUAAAGUGAUUCUUAAUAAAAAUAAAGCAAAUUUAAUGAAAAAUUUGUUUGAUUUAUUGAAUAUUUACACUACAGAUGGAAUAAAUAAAACAACGAUUGCACUCGCCUUAAUUAUUGAGCUGAUAGAAAUAAUAACAAAAAAACUUAAGAUUUUAAAUAAAUUUGAGUACAUUUUUAACCAUUAUAAAUCAUCAAACGAAAUUAAUGAAACUAACUCUGAUCAAUUAAACCAUAUUAACUUAAUUCACUAUGACACAUUGACACAAAAUUUCACAAUUGAUGAAUUAAAAACAUUAAUUCAAAAUAUUAAUCAAUGCUUUAUCCACCUUACAUCAAAAACAAAUGAUGUUCCCAAUUUUAUUGAUAAAACAUUCAGAGCAAAUUGUAUUGAAGGCAUUAACGACUUUUCACUCUUAAAUUCCGAGGAAAAAGCUUGUAAUAAUAAUAUCGAAGCAACAAAUAUAGAUUUGAUUGAAAUCUUGAAAAUAAAAAAUACCAUUUUGUUUUUGAACAUUUUUUCAACUAUUACAAAAAGCAUUUUCAAGUAUUGUAUUUGGAAAAAUAAAAUUCGAAAUGUAAAAUCAGCUUAUAUUUGUAGCUUUGAAAAUAUUUUACAAUUUUUUUCAGACGAUAAUUCAUUUUUGAAUAUUGGGAAAUAUAUGGCAACUGGCAAAUCUAAUAUAAUUAAAUAUAAUUGGGGCUUUGAAGAUAACGAAAUUACUAUUAAUUGUGGAAAAAUCAACGCAUACAAAUCUAUUCUGUCAGUCGAUCAAAUUUACAGAGUUUAUUCAUAUUACAAUUCAAUAUACAAAUUUUUUUCUUCCAAAGUUUUCCUCGAUUGUGCUGCAGAAAAACUCUCUCUUUACAUUUGCUCGAAUAAUGUUUUCUGGGAAUCAUUUAUUGAUGAUUUUUGCUGUAAGCACGUUAUUCGUGAAGUUAAUAUCCAUUUGGUUGACUUAGUCUAUGAUUACCUUGAGCAUCAAAUUAUUAAUGGAUGUUUUGAUCGCAAUUAUGUAAGUUAUAUAUUCUACUUAAUUAAAUUGCUUCCUUAUAAAAGAUAUACUUCAUACUUGUCGCUUUCAAUAUUUAAUCAAUUAAUAAACGAUAAUAAAUUGGUUAAUGAAGUCAUUGAAUUAAUUAAACUAGAAGAUAAUGAAGAUCAAAAAAAUAUAUUUGAUGGGUUUUCUUCUUGGGAUAUUAGGCUUAUUUAUUUCAUUUCAUUAAUAUUUAAAUUAUUUAAUCAUUCAAGAAUAAGAACUUACUAUAAUUCAGUUUACUUAAGCUUGCUAGAAACUUCGAUUAAUCUAAUAUGUAAAAGUAUGCCCAGUUGUUCCCUUAAUAAGAAAAAAUUAUUAAAUAUGAUUCACAGAAAAUACUUAAUACAAUAUAUAUAUUUAAGUGACAAUAAUGCUUCAGAUUGCUCAAUAAUUAAGUUAAUUAGUGAGUCGUUGUUGUUUUGUGAUUCAAAGUAUGAAAAAAUACUUUUUCUAACAGCACUAUGGAUUAAGAAUUUUUUGUCAAUAAAUAAGAGCGAAUCAAAAUUUUCUGCAAUUUCGUCUUCAGUUUUUAAAAAUGAGCUUAGAGAAUUUUAUUCACUAUUAAUUCAGAUAUUUUGGGAAAAAUUACAUGUUUUAAAAAAUUCUAACUCGGAGAUUUUAUUAAAGUUAUAUUCAAAAAAAAAUUUUGUAAUUCGAACAAUAUACAAGUUUUUGUUAAAUGAGUGGAAAAGGGAGGAAAAGUAUCAAGAAAUAGUUACUUUGUCGUAUUUAAAUGCAUUAACUAAAUACUGUGACUUAUUUUUACCUAAUGAUAAAAUUAAUGCUUUAUUUCCUGGGGAUUGGCUUGAAUUUAGAUUUAGAAAUGGUUGUAUUGAUCAAGAAAUAAAUUCGCUUCAAGUCUUAACUGAAUUGUUUGAGAAUCUGAAAGGUUUAUUCCAAUUUAUAAACUGUGAAAAAGAGUUCAUUAGCGCGGAUUCUGAAUCCUUGAACUCAAUUAUUUCUUCAUUAAGCACGUACAUUACUUAUUCCAAUAUUAAUUUAUCAAAUCAAUUUAAAAAUCGUAAAUGUUCUGAUAAGCCUAUUUGUAUAUCCAACGUUUUUUUCGGUAUUGAACUUCCAAAAAUAAUUAAUCAAAAAAACUCUUUGCUAGAAAUUCAUCAUAAAGUCACAUAUUUACCGUCUAUUGAAUAUAUUUCUUACUUAAAAUGGUACCUUGUUGGAGUGAAAAAGCUAGUUGCUUCAAAUUUAACUAGAGUUGAAAUUCGCCAAUAUUUCAGUAAUAUUUAUUGUAAAUACCUUGAAAGAUACAAUGAUUACUUGGGGAACAAUGGGAUUUAUUUCAAACCAGCAAUUGACUCACAAAACCUUUCUUCAGAAAGUAUUGCUAAUAUUUCUAACAUACCCAUCAUUGAGUUAAAUUAUUACUUAGUAAUUAACGGCUACUUUGAAACUGCAUACAGAUUAACUGAAGUUGCAAACAAAUUUAUGGACAAUUAUCUGAGAAAUUAUCAUAAAAAUACGUCGAAUAAUGACAGAAACAUAAUUUUUUCAGAUUCUUUAACAAAAAUUCAAACAAAAAAUAUUUAUAAUACCCUUGGAUUUUGGAUGUUUACUUAUUCGUUUUUCUUAUCAAAUAAUACAAAAUAUUUGAAUUCAUUAUUUGAGUAUGCAAAUAACUUUCUAGUAAAAACCAAUAGACAGAAGAAGAAAAAAUUAUCAUAUGACUUACCUGAUUCAAAAAUCACAGCAUUUGAAGAAAUAAUUCUACAGAACUCUAAUUUUAGAAGUGUUCGUAUAAUAGAAGAAACAAGUAAUUUGGGUUUCGGUGUAAAUAUCAAUUUUUGGAAUUCAAUAUUGGACCGUAUGCAUUGCUCUCCUCAUUUUCUUCGAGGCGUUCACAUGGCAUUAUUGAUAAACGGGCAAGUUCACACUCUGACGAAUGCAGAAAAUUCAUUAAAUAACACAUAUACUUCGACCCUACCAAGUAAACUAAUCAAAAUUUACGAAGAUCCAGAGUACUUAAUGGAAAUAAUUAAAAAUUACUCAAUUACAAAUGAUCAGCACUUACAUAUUUUUAUUAAUAUAAUCGAAAACUUAUUUAGCUUCAAUUUUUUUGAGGAGGCACUAAGGUUUAUUUCAGCUAUUGUUUUGAACGAUCAUUUUGAAUUACCCACAUAUUUUGUUGCAAAAAUCAGGUAUUUGAUUAGAUCAUCAAAUAACGUGAAUAAUAAUGCAUUUUAUGAAAAAUUUGAGUCAAUAAUACAUAAAUGUAUUCCAAUAAGCACUUAG